AUGGUGGACUGCAAACCAUGUGCAACACCUAUGACACCUGCUACCAAGUUAUCUAAAGAAGGUGGUGUUUUGUUUGAUGAUCCAACUAUGUAUCGCAGCACUGUUGGAGCUUUACAAUAUCUUACCAUUACAAGACCUGAUAUAGCUUACUCGGUAAAUAAGCUUAGUCAGUUCUUGGCUGCUCCCACCACUCUCCAUUGGACUGCCUGCAAGAGGCUACUCAGGUACUUAAAGGGUACAGCCUCACUUCGUCUAUCAUUUAAGCCAUCUGCUACCUCUCAGAUUAUAGGUUACUCUGAUGCGGACUGGGCGGGCUCAGUGGAUGAUCGUCGCUCAACAGGUGGUCACUGCAUCUAUUUGGGGUCUAAUCUUAUCACUUGGUCAGCUAAAAAGCAGGAUGUAGUCAGUCGAAGUAGUGCGGAGUCGGAAUACCGAAGCCUGGCCAAUGCCACGACUGAUAUUGUAUGGUUGCAUGCUUUGUGCAGCGAACUUGGGCUUACUUUGCAGUCUCCAUCCAAGUUGUGGUGUGACAACAUCAGUGCCCUUGCCUUGGCUGGCAACCCGGUUUUUCACACGAGAACUAAGCACAUCGAAGUUGACAUUCAUUAUAUCCGUGAUAAGAUAAAGGAUGGAACAAUUGAAGUAGGUUAUGUGCCUUCCAAUGAUCAGAUUGCUGACCUCCUCACCAAGCCAUUGGCUGACACUAGGUUCUGUGCACUUCGUGAUAAACUGAAUCUGUUGCCGUAA